AUGCGAUCAUCAUUGCGGCUUCUAGCUGGGUCUCUAUUGGAGAGCAGGCGUGGGUUCUCCACGAGCUCCGAGAAGAUCGUAGCUUCGGUGCUGUUUGAGAGAUUGCGAGUUGUGUUACCCAAACCGGAUCCCGCUGUUUACGCUUUUCAGGAGUUCACAUUCAAUUGGCAACAGCAGUUUCGUCGUAGAUACCCAGAUGAGUUCUUGGACAUAGCUAAGAACAGAUCCAAGGGUGAAUACCAAAUGGACUAUGUACCUGCUCCUAGAAUUACAGAGGCUGACAAGACAAACGAUAGGAAGUCAUUAUAUAGAGCUCUUGACAAAAAACUGUAUCUUCUCGUCUUGGGGAAGCCAUUUGGAGCUACUAGUGACAAACCCGUCUGGCAUUUCCCGGAAAAAGUCUACGAUUCUGAGCCAACUCUUCGCAAGUGCGCUGAAUCUGCUUUGAAGUCAGUCUUAGGAGAUCUCACUCAUACAUACUUUGUUGGAAAUGCUCCAAUGGCUCACAUGGCUAUACAACCCACACAAGAAACUCCUGAUUUGCCAUCUUUCAAGAGGUUCUUCUUCAAAUGCAGUGUAGUGGCAGCAUCGAAAUACGACAUAAGUAACUGCGAGGACUUUUUGUGGGUAACCAAAGAUGAGCUUUUGGAAAUCUUCCCUGAGCAAGCUGAUUUCUUCAACAACAUGAUCAUUAGCUGA